GGCCAAAGAGCAAGCACAUUUCUUCGGCUCCUGGCAAACAUUGCCAAAGAACUUCCCAGAGCGUUGCGCUAAGGGACCAUAUUCCUUCCAAUUUCUAAGGAGGGUGAAGCAGGAUGAAAUUCCGGGAACUGGCUUCAUUCCGCCCACGGGUUUCAGAGCCGCACCAGCUUUCUUCCCCACAGCAGCCAGGCGCCUUGGCUUGGUGGGUUGCCUCCCUGUUACCGCCCACGUAAAAUCCUGGCAACAGGGCCAAGAGUUUUCUGGUUCUCAGCGGCACCCGUCGACAUCCGCCCCCACGUGACCCAAACAGAUGCGGCACUUCCGCUUCCCCUCGGCUUUCUUCUCGUCUGUAUUCCCGGCUGCUAUAGAGCCGGGUUAGAGAGCGAGCGCCCGUCCGCGGGCGUCGAGGGCGGGUUGCCUCGCGCUGACCCUUCCCGCCCUCGUUACACACCAGGUCCCCGCGGAAGCGGCGGUGUCGGCGCCAUGGCGGAGCUGACGGCUCUUGAGAGUCUCAUCGAGAUGGGCUUCCCCAGGGGACGCGCGGAGAAGGCUCUGGCCCUCACAGGGAACCAGGGCAUCGAGGCUGCGAUGGACUGGCUGAUGGAGCACGAAGACGACCCAGAUGUGGACGAGCCUCUAGAGACUCCCCUUGGACAUAUCCUGGGACGGGAGCCCACUUCCUCAGAGCAAGGCGGCCUUGAAGGAUCUGGUUCUGCUGCCGGAGAAGGCAAACCCGUUUUGAGUGAAGAGGAAAGACAGGAACAGACUAAGAGGAUGUUGGAGCUGGUGGCCCAGAAGCAGCGGGAGCGUGAAGAGAGAGAGGAACGGGAGGCAUUGGAACGGGAACGGCAGCGCAGGAGACAAGGGCAAGAGUUGUCAGCAGCACGACAGCGGCUACAGGAAGAUGAGAUGCGCCGGGCUGCUGAGGAGAGGCGGAGGGAAAAGGCCGAGGAGUUAGCAGCCAGACAAAGAGUUAGAGAAAAGAUCGAGAGGGACAAAGCAGAGAGAGCCAAGAAGUAUGGUGGCAGUGUGGGCUCUCAGCCACCCCCACCGGCACCAGAGCCAGGUCCUGUUCCCUCUUCUCCCAGCCAGGAGCCUCCCAACAAGCGGGAGUAUGACCAGUGUCGCAUACAGGUCAGGCUGCCAGAUGGGACCUCACUGACCCAGACGUUCCGGGCCCGGGAACAGCUGGCAGCCGUGAGGCUCUAUGUGGAGCUCCACCGUGGGGAGGAACCAGGUGGGGGCCAGGACCCUGUGCAAUUGCUCAGUGGCUUCCCCAGACGGGCCUUCUCAGAAGCUGACAUGGAGCGGCCUCUGCAGGAGCUGGGACUUGUGCCUUCUGCUGUUCUCAUUGUGGCCAAGAAAUGUCCCAGCUGAGGGCCUUUGUCCCAUCGUCCCUCUGUGACCCCUUCAUCUUUGAUAAAGCACUGACAUCUUCUUCCUAAUAAAUAGACCCUGAGUUCUGUA